AUGGUGGAGGAGGAAGAUGUUUCUAUUGAACUAUCUACUGAAAAUGAUGAUGAACUACAACUGACUGAUGACAUACAAUUAGAAUUGGAACAACUGCUUUCAAUAAGCCAAGUGGUUGUUGUUAUAAAUAAUGAAAACAUUGAUGAACAUUGUCAAGAAGAAGUCACUAGUGAUUCAACUAAUAAUGAGGAAGAUUAUGAUCCUGCAGAGCUGGCUUCAGGUUAUCUUAGGAGAUGUAUUAGAUCUUGGGCUAAACAAUGGAUCCAAAAUAGAACAUUACCUGAAUCAAAAAGAGGGAAACACCCAAAAAUGAAAAGCCUUUGGAAUCAUGAAGAUGUUGCUGCUCAAAUAAGGAGUUAUGCACGAUCUAAUAAAGAGUAG